GCUAUAUGCAUAACCAUGGUGCAUAAAUGGCUUAUGUGGCCUGAUUAACCAGUUAUGCAGUCACGUGUGGUUUGGAGCAAGUCAAUGUAUCACAUGACUGACCCCACCUCGAUCAGGCAACCACGGAAGACACCAGGCAGAAACCGCACAGCGGGUUCCCUUGCACCGCCGCAGCGCCGGAAGGAAAACCCCGCCGGAGGUUUCUUUCCCCGGGCCGAGUUGCAACCCGUAAUCCGUCAUGGCAGAUGAGGUGCCCUGGUAGAGAGUCGAUGGUGGCAAGGAGUCGAAUGAUAGUAGAGCAGGAGAUAUUUGCAGCCUCAAUGAUGCAGACAGUGUAAGUCGGCAUUGUGUGAAUCUAAGAGCUGUUGGUUUCUCUAUAAUUUCCCUCGCUGAGUUCCAGUAGGAUCGGAAUGCCGUCAGAUCCCGAACAAGCCCUCAGCCCCAUUGCCUGCGAGCCAUGCAGGCAAAAGAAAUGCAAGUGCGAUCGCACCCUUCCAGUCUGCACGCAAUGCUCCCCCGAUCCAUCCAAGUGUGUCUACCCAGAAAGCGGUAAACGAGGACUGCCACUCGGGUAUCUUAAUCAGAUCGAGCAGCGGCUUGCCGAUACCGAGCAAGCGUUGUACGAGGCCCUCACCACCAUCCGCGAGCUCAAUGCCUCUCACGGAGGCAUGGUGGUGCAGGUCACCCGCAAGUCCGCCGACCUGCGCCCCAAGAAUGCACGCAUGCAGGAGUGGUCGCAGUUGCCAUUGAGCGGGUGGGCGGAGCGCGAACGGUGGCGGGAAGCGAAACAAGAUCAGUACCAGUGUGAACGGACCGUGGUCAAGUCACCACCGGGGGUGCCACCGGGGGUGGAAGUGCCGCCGUCGAACGUGUAUGAGAUGCCACGGGGGAUCUCCGCCGCCAGUCUUCCCAGCAGGAGCAGUGUAGGGUCGGCAGAGGAGUCAGGAUCGCCCGAGGGGCGGAGGGCGGAUCGGGCGGGGGAAGUGGCGCGGCGAUAUCCUUCGCUGUACUUUUGA